CGUGGCGCCAGUUAAUUUAGAUAUUCACUCACUCGUCUUUUGAUUUUAGCCACGUUUACAAGUCCCUUUUUUUAAAAUUUAAUACAGGUUAACUUUUUUUCCAUUUAAACAUUUUAUCCUUGUAAAAAGUAGGUCAAAUUUGGAGAUGGCACAUACAGGAAUUGAUGACAGCUUUCAAGAAUUAUCCCCAGGAUCUCCUUUUAAUUCAUCACAAGGAAUCUGUGCCAUAUGUCUGGGAGUUCCUGACAAUAAGUCAUUUGCCAGCAACUGUCUUCAUGAAUUUUGUUUUGUUUGCUUACUGGAAUGGUCAAAGGUCAAAGCUGAAUGUCCAUUGUGCAUGCAACCUUUGUGCUCAAUCAUCCAUAAUGUAAAGUUUGAUCAUGAAUAUGAUGAGCUUGAAAUUCAGAAAUUGGGAAAACAUUCAUCAAGAGCAUUUUCACCUCCUAUUCUGCUGUUGCAACAGCAGUCACAGCACAACACUACACUGGCAAAUGCAAACAAUGCUCAGGGCACUGCCAAAAACCACCUGCAAACACAAGCCAUUUCUGGAAGGAGGCAGACCAUUAACAUUGGUACACGAAGGCAUAGGGCAGCUCCUCUACAGUCUGAACGGCAGUCGAUUGCCCAGAAUCAUCUAGCCAAGGCUAUAAAACCUCAAGAACGGAUUGCCAACAUGAUUCGCUACUCACUUAGAUCUAGAACUAUCCUACGAGAUGAUAUUGAUCGUGCUUCUAAAAUUGAGCUUGUUAAUGAAUUCCAUCCAAUUAGUUCGUCUGCUGAUGUAACGGUUUCUAACCUGCUCCCAGUAAGUAAUGUCACUGCUGACCCAGUUGAGAAAGUACUGUGGUGGCAUGAUUUGGUUCCAACUGACAUGCGUAACCAAAUGGUCCAGAAACUUGUGGUGGCCAUAAUUUCUGAUCCGAUUUUUGAGCCCCAUAAUCACAUGGAAAUGGUGAUUGCCUACAUGCGUCGAAUCGAAAGGAAUAUGUAUAUAAAGGCCUACUCGGAAAAUCUGUACUUUGAAUUGUGUUCGGAAAAGAUUACGGAAUUACAGGGUAUGGGUAAAACUCGAAAGAGAAUGCUUCUUCAGCUGAUCGAAUCUUACGAGUGUUCAACACUGCAGCCUGAACUAGAUCGCGGUGCUUUUCCACAGGAUGUGGUCAGGAUAAGUGUGACCCCUGAAGUUUCCGUGGUGUCCGCCGAAAGACAUUUUCCCAUAGAAAAUCUUAAAGAUACCGAAGAUGUAGAAGAAGACGAUCUCACUAUUCUGGAUGUACCGCCUAAACCUUUGCCUGAAGUUAUAACAUUAUCAGACUCUGAUGACGACUAAUCGUCAUUUGAAGUCCAUCCUACUAUUUUAAGCCGCGUAUCAUUCGUUUUGGUAUUUUUGUUCUUUUAUGAUGUGAUAUUUAUUUGAAGUCCGCUAAAAAUUUUUAAUUACCCAAAAUGUCUAUGACUUUGGAAAUAGCUAAGAAAAAAUACCCAGGUUAGCCGUUAGCGUGGAUGUUACGAUUAGAAAUUAAGUUGCCAAAAAUGUAUAUUUAUAUUUUUCUUUUGUUGGAUGUCAACUAUAUGUAAUAAUAUUUUUUCCUGUAGAACAGAAAAAUGAGUUGUGAAUUGUAAUUUAAUUAAAAUGAAAACAAAAACAAGUAAACAACAAAAUUUUCCUUUUUAAAA